AUGUCAUUCUCACAGGAUUCAUUAUCCCUUCCCGUCCCUACAACGCCCUCCACGCUGACCGUCCCCAUGCCGGCGCCUAGUGUUGCUUCCAGUGCUCCUCCGAGUAUUGCCUCGAUUCCCGCCGAGAAACCGUCAAUCUGGACCUUCUUUCGAUAUGCCAGAGGUUCAGAGCCCGAAUUCAGGCCAAAGGAGAGAUUUGAUCGAAGUGGGAAGUCCUCAAAUAAACGACUGCACUACUGUAUCGCCUGUUGGGACAAUAAGAAGAAGAGUUGGAGUACAAUAUACACAUCAGGAGCCCGGGACCAUCUUCGUCGCAAUCACCCAUCUUUGUGGAGGAGAUGGCUGGAUCUGGAAGACCUGCAAACCUCCCCCAAGUCUAAAUUAAUGAAUGGACAGCAGGUCAUGAAUUCGUUUUUGCUUCAAAAGGAUGAGGCUUCGAGAGAAAUGCUCCUUCGAGAGGCUUAUGACCGGCCACGGCAUCUCCAGGCGUUGCUGGCACUCUGUGCUAGAAGGAGACUUCCUCUCAAUGCCAUUGACUGGCCAGAACUCCAUGAUCUCCUCCUCUCCGCUAAUCCAGAGAUCUCAGAUCUUGCACACUUUAGCAGAAGAACAUUCACUCGUGCCCUGGUUCUCAACUACGAGAGAUAUCGUCAAAUACUCCAAAAUAACAUCCAGGAAGCUAUUGGUGAUGUCCAUAUAUCAACAGAUAUGUGGACAUCUCCAGCCCGAAAGGCAUACCUCUGCAUCUGUGUUAGGUGGAUCUCUCAGGAUUUCCAGUUCAAACACGGGAUGCUGGCACUUCCACAGGUGCUCUUUAGUCACUCUGGAGAUGUUCAGGCGGCUACCAUCCUCCGCACCCUUAAAUCCUUCGGGAUAACAACUAAACUCGGCUAUCACACUGGAGAUAACGCCACUUCGAAUGAUACUCUACUCAAAGAGCUCUCUCGGUCUCUAAAACUUGAAUUUGGGAUUGAUUAUGAUCCAAUUACCCACCGCAUCCGCUGCCUUGAUCACAUUCUUAACCUUGCCCUUCAAGCUUCUCUCCUUGCAAGCUCAAAGGAAGCUCUCAAAGCUGCUCUUGCGGCUAUCGAACAGACGGAAGAUACCGACCCUUACGAGCUAUUCUCCGCCUACCUUGAUGUACCGGUCGUUGAAGAUAGCCCGGCCUCAAAGCUUCAUAACCUAGCUGUGUGGCUUCGAAACAGCUCUAUCCAUCACGAUCAAUGGAUAGAGGCUGUGGGCAUUACAUUAGGGAUUGAUAACGACACUCGGUGGUCCUCAUGGUAUCAUCUCAUCAAGCGUACGACACGCAAGGAGCGAGAAAUUAAGGACUUCAUCGAUAAAUACCCUGAGUGCGAUAGCUUUCGACUCAAUGGAGUUGAGUGUAACGGUCCAAGCUGA